AUGUCUGACUUCAGUCGCGAUUCUUCGCCCGAUCCGAUCAUCCUGCCGUCGUCGCCUCUGUCUGGUCGUACGCCGAACAAUGUCAGGAGCACGCGCAAGUCGAGUCCGAGCAAGAGAAAUGCGCGAGCAAGUCCGUCAAAGUCGAUGACAUUGGAUACACCGCACGCAGGCGAAGCGAGCCCUUGGCGGAUCAAAGUCACCGUGCAGGCCGAGCCGAGAGAUGGCAGCCCGGGCAAGAAAACGACCACGACCAUGACGGUGCCCUUGGAAAGCCCGAAAAAGGGACGAAGGUCGAGCAGUCCCACCAAGAAGCCGACGCCUGCGAAGAAGAGGGGGAGGAAGCGGAAAGGGUCGCCAAUCAAGGACCCGAGGAGUGCACCGCAGUUGAGAGCGCAGGAGGACGUACAGGCGGAGUUGGAUUGGAAGCCUGCGAUGGUGCAGGACGAUCUGCCUCCGCCCUCCCAGACACCGCCGAGAAGGGCCAGCGGGCGAUUGGCGAGACUGAGCGCACAGUGGUCAAAUGGUACGGGAAGAACGAGGCGACUGACUAUGGCAAGGGAGGAGCUGGACCAGGCACUUCAGGAUGCCAUGGGCCCGGGCUGUGAGCGCCUCGGAGACAUGACGCUCAGCCGGGCAGAAGACUUCACCAUGAUUUCAGUGGAAUCGCUGCACUCUGCCAAGGAAGCCAGUCUGGCGCAUAUCUCCCAGCUUCAUGCUGAGCGAUCAAAGUCAGAUAGAUCGGGGCUGAGUGUAUCAUACUUGCCUUCGUCGCCGCCCAAGAGCCAGUAUCCCGACAUAUCAGCAACAGCAGCGAAAGCCAGAUCAAGUCUAGGAUCGCCGUUUGAGCCUACGCCUUCGAAGAGAACCUCCCUCAGUGUACCCUUCUCGGUUAAGAACUCUGCCAAGGGCAAGUCAAGCUUACGCCAUGAUGUCGAUGCUAUGAGCUGGAAGCCAACUGGUCUUGCUAAAUUGCGUCCUUCGUCCAGAGCGGAGGAGGUGCAAUCAGCUCAAGGGUUGGAGAGUCGAUGGCGGGAACAGCGGCAAGCUGUCAGUCAGCAGAUCUCCAAUGCUGACUCUGACGACGUUGUGGUAGUGAAUGAUGACGGCAGCGAAUCUGAAGACGAUCUCAAUGCUGCGAAUGCCGUUCAGGACGACCUGUGGCAAGAUGAGGCAUCCCAACCCGCGACAGGAAACCCUUCCAACGACGAGCGCGAGGAGCGCGUAGAUCCUGACUUUCGACCCACACACUCACCUUCAGAAGCCGAAGACCCGAACUACAAGCCUCCCAGCUCACAGACGCGAUCACACAAAUUUGAAGACUUGUUCGCUCAUCUGCCGGAAAAGCCACUUCGACCUAAGAUUCCGAAGACUUGGCGGCGUACCUCAGGCAUGGACUUUUCUUAUGUCGACUCUCCGGCACAUCAACCGCCGGGGGAGACUAUCGAGCAUAGGAGGCAGUCUGCCGAUGGUAGUGGUGUGCUGACGCCUCCAAGUACGGACGAAAGCGAGCAGGGCGAUGAAGAAGAAGAAGAAGACAAUGUUGCUGCUGACUCGCAAGGAGAAGCUGACGAUCAGCUGCGAAGCGAGUAUACACCGUCAGAGCAGGAAGAGCAGGAAGACGACGUCGGCAGUGGUGAACUGCAAAACGAAGUCGACAAUCAACUGCAAAGCGAGUUCACCCAACCUGAAGCAGAAGCUACGCGCUUCCACCAGGACGAUUAUGAUGACCAUGAAAUGAUUGAUGAUGAGGAAGAAGCUUCGAGAAAUGACAGCAAGGAUCCACUAGAUGAGAGCACUGCGGGUGGAGCGAGGACUGGUCCUGAUCAACAAGCACUGGCCGAGUCUUUCACGGACAACACGUCCCAAGCACACCUCAAAGACAAGCCCAAACGAAGGCCGGCGAGGAAGCCAACCAUGGAUCUGGACGAACUGCUGGACCUCAAGAGUAGUCCGCAGAAAGCGCUACCGCAGCAACAGCCUUCCGAACAUAGCUCAGCGAAGAAGAAUGCGAGCCCUCUUCAGCUAUCUUCAUCCAGCAAGCUCAAGAACUCCCAAAGCAACAUCUUCACAACGAACGACGCUUUCAAUAGCGUACGCACGGACGAUCUCUUGACGAACCCUCCAGUGUCUCGACACCUCAAGGAGUUGCGAGAUUCUGGCGUGAAGCAGUUCAGUGAGUCUGGACAGUAUCCUGAUGCUGAGCCGGUCAAGGCACAACCUGCUGUCGGACAAGCACAGCCGAAGAGAAGAGGUCGACAAUACUUUGGGCGCAACCAUCCGAACAAUACUCAGUCGACCGUCACCGAUAGCUUUGCCAGCACGGGCAGCAUCCAGAUGCCAGCUCAUCCGCAGGUGCAGAUUCAGAUCCAAACAGCACAGUCACAGUUGAGGUCACGAGAUACUGCACAAGCAUUCCGGAAGCCUGCCGUUGCGGUCGAGCGCGCCAUGUCGAACCACAGUCGUGAGAUGAACAACGUGAGGCAGCAGUCUCAGCAUGACCCAGCACAUCCAAAGAUUCCAGCACCACACCAUGACGAGGACUUUGAUGCUGGGGAGGACCAUCAGCAUUCCCGCUCCAUGCAUGUUGACACUUACGACGAGGAAGAAGACGUGGACGAGGAGGAUGAGCAAGAUGAGGCCGCUGAUCCAACAAGAAGCUACCAAGAGAAUCUCAACCUCGACUCACCAACAAAGAUCAAGAUCAACUUUGGCGACUCCAGCACGCGCGACGCUUCCUGGCUCAGUCCCGCGAAUCGACGACCGCCACUCUUUGAGACGCAGCAGACAUCGGCCGUCGGGACUCUCUGA